UUUACGUACAAAUCCGUUACGUAUGUAGGAACGGAACUCAGCCGUAAACCGAGGACUCCUGGUACGCCUUUUGAGGUUAAAUUGACUGCAGUGCCCCGAUAGGCCACGAGGGGAGCCAAUGUCCCACCGAAAGAAGUGGAGAUUCCCGAGAGCCAAGUAUUAAAUUUAGGUCAUAAGAUAAACCAGAUUUGUACCGAAGCCAACGCAGUCUCUAGCGGUGGAUUUAGCUAGUUGUCUUCAGCAUACUUAAUCUUGAAACUUUUUUUCCAUUUUUUUUUUUGUCCGUACUAUUUGGUUGUGAGGCACUUUUCUCCGUCACAAGCUUCAUUGCUGGAGCUGUCACAUCUCACUGCUCCACCGCCUCCGAAGAGGAGAGAGCACUCGACACGUUUGAAUGGUGUGUAGGCCUAAAUAACACAGCAAGGCAUCCUCCCCCGAGUUCCCAUCUGAUGGAGCAGUUGUUGUCAGUGUUUGCGUAGAGGCACCAUGUUCCCUUGUCAUGUUACCGCCUGGCCCGCUGCUGAGCCUGUCGCCUCUUGCGGCGGUCAUGCACCAGCGCCACAGCCUUCACAACCGCUCCCCGAUCUGCUCUGCAGCUGUCCCGCGCCACCGUUCAGCAACCACUCUGAAACGCCAUCCCCAGACCCCAUGGAAUCCCUCAUUGUGGUAACAGAGUGCGAACCCAACAAAUCAUCUGGAGCGACCGGCGGCGAGGAGGAGGUAGAAGAAAUGGACAGCUCUGAAACGCCGCCCUGCUCCACCACGGCCUGCGACCUACUCUCUCACACGGUCGGUCGCCCGGAAGCUCUGUUGCCGGCUGGAGAGGAGCAAAGAACACGGCUGAACCUGUCAGACAGGAAACUGUCACUGCAGGAGCGCUCGCAAACACAGACUUCCCCCUGCAGCUCCCCGGGACUCAAUGGCCGUUACAUUUAUCCGUCGUUACCCUACUCCCCCAUCACAUCACCCCACUCCUCUCCACGCUUGCCUCGCCGGCCCACUGUGGAAUCCCACAGUGUCUCCAUCACAGACCUCCAGGACUGCGUUCAACUCAACCAGUACAAGCUAAAAGAUGAGAUCGGAAAGGGCUCCUACGGUGUUGUCAAGCUGGCUUACAACGAAGACGACAACACCUAUUAUGCCAUGAAGGUUCUGUCCAAGAAGAGGCUGAUGAGGCAGGCGGGUUUCCCACGACGACCGCCACCUCGAGGAGCCAAAGCAGUCCCUGAGGGCCUCCCGCAACCCAAAGGGCCCCUGGAGCGGGUCUACCAAGAGAUUGCCAUCCUGAAAAAGCUGGACCAUUCUAAUGUGGUCAAACUAGUAGAGGUUUUGGAUGACCCCAGUGAGGACCAUCUGUACAUGGUGUUUGAGCUGGUCAAACAAGGAGCUGUGAUGGAGGUGCCGACAGAUAAACCUUUCAGCGAAGACCAGGCUCGCUUUUAUUUCCAGGAUCUGCUCAGGGGAAUCGAGUAUUUACAUUAUCAGAGGAUCAUCCACAGAGACGUCAAGCCCUCCAACCUGCUGGUGGGCGAGGAUGGACACAUCAAGAUCGCAGACUUCGGCGUCAGCAACCAGUUCGAGGGGGCCGACGCCCUCCUGACAAGCACUGUGGGAACACCCGCUUUCCUCGCCCCUGAAACGCUGUCAGAGACUAGGAAGAACUUCUCCGGCAAGGCUUUGGAUGUUUGGGCAAUGGGUGUGACGCUUCAUUGCUUUGCCUUUGGAGUGUGUCCAUUUAUGGAUGAGCGCAUCCUCAAUUUGCAUCAGAAAAUCAAGACACAACCAGUGGAGUUACCCGAACAUGCUGACGUAUCAGAUGACCUCAAAGAUUUGUUGCUCAAAAUGUUGGACAAGAAUCCAGAAACCAGAAUAUCAAUUUCACAGAUAAAGGUGCACCCGUGGGUGACGAGACACGGCGCAGAGCCCCUCCCACCCGAAGAUGACAACUGCUGUAUGCUGAUUGAGGUGACAGAGGAGGAAGUAGAGAAUUCGGUCAAACACAUCCCAAGCCUGGCAACAGUGAUUCUGGUGAGAACCAUGUUGAGAAAGCGCUCCUUUGGGAACCCCUUCGACUGGGUGCGUAAAGAGGGAUGCAGCAGCUCGUGCACUUCAGGACAGAUCAGCAGCCCGGAGACGGCAUGAGGAGCAUCGAGCUUCCCUACGUAGGAGAAGACGAGGCCCUUUCUUGAUGCAGUAGGUUUUUAUGUUUUUCACGACACCCCUUUAGCCGUCACUUUUCUACUUUUCCUGGGAGGCGGACACAUGGCGGGGAGGAAACCAGGGGUCGUUUAAGGCGUCCUCUUUUCUUUGCAUGCGUCUUUUAGCGUUAGCAUGCUCAGUCUCAGGCUUCCGUGUGAUUCAUGCUAGUUUAGACGACACCCCCAACCCCGUGCUUCUCCUUUCUCCUUACUUGACAACUCUUCCAGGUACGGUGCAAUAGGGGUGUGCCGAUGACAGCACACACUUUAUGGAAGUCAGGGAGCAAUUCUCAGUCUUCAACACCAAUUUAAGUCAAAUCAAACAAGAAAUUUGUAUCUGCCUCGCUCUUGCAUGAGUGGCAGCCUCUACUUUUAUGUUGUAAUUUAUUUUCUUGAAGAAGUAGUGUGGGGGAGUGCUAAAUUGUUUACUGACUGCAUGUGUUCCUCGUGGAUUGAUAAGCUAUUUAAACUUUUCCUGACCUACCAUUUACGAACAAUAGAAAGCUUUAAAAUCACUCAAUGUAGUACUUUGUGAACAAUCAUAGGCUUCUUCUUCAUCACUCCAUACUAGAGGAACAUUUUGUCAUGUUGUGCUUCUGUUGAAUCUUUUUGUACGAUUUUAAAGAAAUUAACUCCAUAUAGGUUUCCCCAAAAGUCACCAUACACUUUCUUUUUUCUAUUUCAUUGCAAGUGUCAGUCAUUCGGCUUUGCAGUUUUUGUCAUUUCUUUGCCCAUGGCUCGCCAAUUGACAUUGGAGCAAUUUCGUAAAAUUGCCGUCUCGCAACAAGUUUGCCUGUCCCAGACUGCAGUUCAGCGCCACUUUGAGAGGCUUUUAUGUCUAUACUGCUCCAAUGGAAUUUACCCUAUCCAAGGCAAGUUUCUCAAAACAGAAUCUGUCCUUGACGAACAGUGCAGCUUCCGCUGAAUUGAGCUUUUGCGCGUGCUGAGUUCCACUGCGGCGGCACGAUGGACGACUGGUUAGAGCGUCAGCCUCACAGUUCUGAGGACCCGGGUUCAAUCCCCGGCCCCGCCUGUACGGAGUUUGCAUGUACUCUCCGUGCCUGCUUGGGUUUUCUCCGGGCACUCCGGUUUCCUCCCACAUCCCAAAAAAAAACAUGCAUUAAUUGGAGACUCUAAAUUGCCCGUACCGCAUGGUUGUUUGUUUCUAUGUGCCCUGCGAUUGGCUGGCGACCAGUUCAGGGUGUACCCCGCCUCCUGCCCGAUGACAGCUGGGAUAGGCUUCAGCACGCCCGCGACCCUAGUGAGGAGAAGCGGCUCAGAAAAUGGAUGGAUGGAUGGAUGGAGUUCCACUGCAGCUCCCCGGAUACUUUCGCCGACUUGGCAUAAACACCUGCUGUAGGAGUUCAGUGUCUUCGCCAGUGGUGGUAGUAGCAGGCCUCGUGCUGCGUGCUUUGCAAUGAUAUGCUUACAAAAACUGCAAAGCUGUAAAAUGUUGAACACCUAUUCCCCUCAUGUCUGUCCAAAUCAUACCUGAUACGAAAAAGAAAAAAGGAAGUGUAUAGUGACUUUUGGAAAAGCCUCUACAAACAGUUAAUAAGCGCUUCUGUUUUUUGUUUUUUACGUAGUGUUUGUAUUGUUUCAACACCACGUUAGUCCUCAAUCAUUUGGACUGACAACACUCUCGCUUCUCGAACCUCAAGUGAAACUAGUGAAUGUUCUUAUUUGUGUUUUUGUAUGUAAAGAAAAAAUGCACUGACGUUCUUUUACAAUUGCACAUUUUAAAAAAGACACCAAAACAUUUGACCGUGCAUAAUUUUUUCAUGUAAAGCAACUUAAAGAACCUUUAAAUACAUUUUGAAAUCGAGACGUAGUGCAGCUUAAAGUUUUUUUUGUACAAAUCUAUGCAUGACAUAUCUAGUUGAGAAAUUUUGAAAAAAAGAUGUGCCAUGUUGCCAUGUUAAUUAGCUGUGAUUUUUGUAUUUGUGAACCUUUUUUCAUGUUUUGUUACCUUCUUUUCCGUCUUCACUGCAGUUUUCGAAUCAGAUAAAAUCACCGGAUGUGUCUAAUUACAAUUAUAUUUAAUGCUCAUACACAAUAAUUGCAUCAGCACUUGUGUGUGCUGAAUGGAUCCGAAAAGGGAAAUUGUUUUUUUUUUCUUUUUUUAAACAUGAGCACUAUGCAUUCGUCUCUUUUUCUACUCUUUGUGCAAUUUAAAUUUUGUGUCAAGUGCAGUACUAUGAAGGAAUAUUAGGACCACAUUGAAAAAAAGUAUACCACAUGUGAUGAGAAAAAUUAUUUUUCUGAGAAAAAGUCAUAAUCUUCUUAAUCAGCAGUACAAAAACAGUCAUAAUUGAAUGAAAAUAGUUUUAAUGAGAAUAAAGUUGUCAUUUUAUGAUUACAGUUUAAAGCAUAUUAUCACAAAAAAAGUUAUGAUCUGGAUUGAAGUUGUAAUUUAAUCAGAAUAAAGUUGUCUAGAAACUUUUUAAAAAAAAUAUAUAGUCAUUAAAAGAAAAAGUACUAAUUUUACAGAAGGAAUUUUUAAUAUUACAAGUAAAAAGUGGUCAUUUGAAUUGGACAAAAAAAAGUAAUAAAGUUGUAAUUUUAAAAGAAUAAAGUGGUAAUAUAAUGAUAAACGUAUAUUUGGGUUAAGAUGAAGAGUGUUUUUUUCUGAGAAUAAAGUUGUAAUAUUUCAAGUAAAAGUCAUCAUUAUACAGCAGGAUGAAAAUUUGUCAUUUAAUGAGACUAAUGGAAUAUUAAAAAUAAACUUGUCAAAAAUGUCAUCAUUUUACAACCACAAAGUCAUAUUAUGACAAAAAAUCCUUAAUUUUACUAGGUUAGGAUUAGAGUAAAAUUACAGCUACUUUCAUACUAAAUUGUUAUAGUGAGAAGAAUCACGUAAUUUUACAUAUCUAGAUUCAUAUGAGAAGAGAUAAUUUUUCACAAUUACAUUUUUAAUUUAAGUAGUCAAAGAAGAAAAACUGUUGCACUAUAAAAUAUAUUAUUAUGAGACAAGACGACUGUAAUUUUAUGAGUACCGUGGUAAUAUUAUGAUCCUAAACACAUACGGCAGCAUUAAACCCUCCCCCAAAAAUUGAAGAUUACGACUUUAUUCUCCUAACAUGACAAUUUCCUUGUGGCCCUCAUAUUCAAAUUGCUCAGAUUGCAAUGGCUCACAGCACAAAACAGUGAUACACUGCUGCUGCUGCAAAAAAAAAACAAAAAAAACACAAUUUGUGCAAAAUAUUGCUAAUAUACUGUACAUAGUUGAUGGUUAUGUUACAAAAAAGUGAGGUCAAGGUGAAAACUUGAAUGUUUUGGCACUCGUGAGAAGCUUAACAGUAUUUUCAACUAAUUUUCAUUUCUAUACAUUUAGAAGCAAGCACUUCUUAGAUAUGAGGUCCUGGCUUUAAUUUCACCUUGUGUAGUGUCAAUCAAUUUGAAUCAUUUCAUAAAACAACAACAACUAUAUUGGUCUUUUUCUCGACAGAAUGCAUGCAAACACCAACAUACACUAUAUUGUCAUAGCAUGAGAUGCCUUUGGCAACAAUAAUGGGACUUUAAAAUGAAAAUGUUCUAUACAUACUGUAUCUCCUUCUUAAACGUUUGAAUACAAAUAUAACUACCUUUACUUAAAUGUUCUUGGAGUUCUGACAGACUUUGUGUGUGUGUGCUGUGUAUCCAGAGUUUUUGUUGCCUUUGUUUUUUUUUUGUGUAUUAUGCUGACAUACUGAGGCAUAUAAACUCAGGUGUGUGCUGACGCCCAUUUAACAUGA